AGCGUGAUGAUGUCACGGGAUUGCUACUGUCAGUGACAUCUGACUGCAGAGCUAGCGAGAAAAGCCUAGGGAGAGGUAAAGAUAGGAGAAAGAAGAUAGAGGAAAUGAUGUUUAAAGGUAAAUGACGGAUAGGAUAAGGCAGGGAAUUAUUUGUUGUCACUCAUCCUGACCUGGAUUGUCUUCCUCUUGGACACAUUGGAUAUAGCAGGACAAGCAAGCAGAGGCAAACAGCAGAGCGCCCCCCGGUGGCUGUGCUAUAGCAGGUGUGCUCAGUCAGGUGACGUCACCCAUGGAGGCCCUGACUGGAGAGGAGACCCCAGGGGGCAGCAGAGGAGGGCCUGUGCUGCACAUCGUGGUGGUGGGAUUUCAUCACAAGAAGGGCUGUCAGGUGGAAUUCUCUUAUCCUCCCUUGAUCCCCGGAGAUUCGCAUGAUAGUCACAGUUUACCAGAGGAAUGGAAGUACCUGCCUUUCCUUGCUCUGCCAGAUGGGGCGCACAACUUCCAAGAAGAUACAGUGUUUUUUCAUCUACCACCGAGAAGUGGCGAAAAAAAGACGGUGUAUGGUAUUUCUUGUUACAGACAGAUUGAGGCUAAGACUUUGAAAGUGCGUCAAGCAGAUGUCACUCGAGAAACCGUACAGAAAAGUGUCUGUGUGUUGAGUCAGCUGCCUCUGUACGGACUUCUGCAAGCAAAACUUCAGCUAAUUACUCACGCCUACUUUGAAGAGAAGGAUUUUUCGCAGAUUUCAAUUCUUAAGGAACUUUAUGAACAUAUGAAUGGGUCCUUAGGAGGCAGCUCAAUAGAAGGAUCUCAGCUGUUUCUUGGUCUGUCUCCCAGAGAUCUGGUUCUUCAGUUUAGACAUAAGGUGUUGAUCUUGUUUAAACUAAUUCUUCUUGAGAAAAAGGUCCUGUUUUAUGUUUCUCCAGUUAGCAGAUUGGUGGGUGCAUUAAUGACAGUCUUAUCUCUCUACCCAGGCAUGAUAGAACAUGGUCUCACAGAAAGCUCACAUUACAGACCACGCAAGAGCAUGUCUGAAGAUAUAGAUUUUCCUGCAGUUGAUCCCUCCGUAGACUAUAUUGCUCAGAGAGAUUCUCAAGAUUCAAGCCCAAAGGAUGAUGAACAUGGGUCCAUUAAAAGAUCAGUAGAAAAUAUCAGGGUAGAAAAGACUGUUUCUUACUCUGAAGUGGACACUAAUGGCAGUGUGGAGCAAAUAAGGCCUCCUUCCCACACAUCUCCAGAGUCUGUGGAGAGUGACUGGGAGACCCUGGAUCCUAGCAUACUUGAGGAGAGUAUCACAAGGGAUGAUGAGGAAAAUUUGAACAUGGAAAAGAGACAGACUGAUAUCAAUUCAGACAAAGUCACCUCAGACAGUGUUCCCAUAACAGUCCAGCCUCAGUCUAAUACUGGACAAGUUGUAUUUGUUCCAGGGCUAAUUUCAGGAUUAGAAGAAGACCAAUAUGGAAUGCCUUUGGCUGUCUUUACAAAGGGUUACCUAUGCUUGCCAUACAUGGCACUGCAACAACAUCACUUACUUUCAGAUGUGAGUAUCCGAGGUUUUGUUGCUGGAGCCACAAACAUCCUUUUUCGUCAACAGAAGCAUUUGAGUGAUGCCAUUAUUGAGGUGGAAGAGGCUCGAGUAAAUAUUCAUGAUCCUGAGCUUAGGAAGAUCUUAAGUCCUACGACAGCAGACCUCCGAUUUACUGACCACUUGGUAAAGCACGUCACCGAAAACAGAGAUGAUGUAUUCCUGGACGGCACUGGCUGGGAAGGAGGCGAUGAAUGGAUCAGGGCACAGUUUUCUCUUUAUCUUCAUUCACUGCUUUCUGCCACUCUGCAACCAGACAAUGAAAAAGUGUUGUCAGACUAUGGAACUGCCUUUGUUGGAGCAUGGAAGAUUACACACAACUACAGAGUGUGGAACAGCAACAAACACCCAGCUCUUGCUGAGGUAAAUCCUAGUCACCCCUUCCAAGGACAUUAUAGUGUGUCAGAUGUAAAGUUAAGACUUUCUCACUCUGUGCAGAAUAGUGAACGAGGCAAAAAGAUAGGUAAUGCAGUAGCUACCACCAGCCGAAGCAUGGUUCAGACUGGGAAAGCUGUAGGGCAGUCGGUAGGAGGUGCACUUAUCAGUGCAAAGUCAGCUAUGUCUUCGUGGCUUUCAACAUUUAGCCAGCCAUCAACACAAGAGACACAAGAAGAAAAGCAAUGAAUAAAGCAAGAUUCGUUUGUGACUAUUUUGUCAAUGUGGCUUUAUCUGUCCCUUAAGGCUGUAGCAGAAUCAUUCCCUGCUAGUGAUGUCUGCCCCUUAGGGCUGUUGCAGAAUCAUUCUCUGCUAGUGUUGUCUGCCCUUUAGGGCUGUAGCAGAAUCAUUCUCUGCUAGUGAUGUCUGUUUUGUGUUGACAGUUUAAAAUGCACUGGACAAGUCGCUCUGACUGUGAAAUGAAAAAUAAUUUACAAGAAUUAAGACCAUAAUAGUGGUAAAUGACGUUGUAUCUGUAUAAAUAGUUUACAUUAUCUUCUACUUGAAGUGGUAAAAUAAAUCAGAUUGACAUGAUAAAUAAUAUAAUUUUGUUUCUGCUGGAAAGACACAACUACAAUAUGUAUUUUGGUAUUUUUUUCCCCCAGAAUAUAAAAUGUAUUUACAAUAAACAAACUUCUGGAUUAUGACAUUGUUAACUACAAUGUCUGAUUAGUUAACCCAAUGCCUUAUCCUGAGUAAAAUCUGGUGGUGUUCAGUGUAACACCUUAGUUUCGUUAAUUCAGAAAUCUUACCAUUCUGUUUUAAUUAUCUCUGUGUCAAAAUGUGUAAUUGCUAUUGCAUAAUAUACAUUACUCCCUGCUUUUCUUAAUACAAAAGGCCGUCUUCUAUACUUUUGACAUUGCUGUCUCCUUUCAUUUAAAGUCACUAGAACAAUACAAGCAUGUAGCAAGGUGUUUCUGGUAACAUCACAAAUCUCUGAAUGGUGUUUAGUAGACGUGAGAAUAUUUGUUUUUGUUCUUUCUUUGUCAUUUGUUUCCAAAAUGAAUGAACAAAUUUAAUCAAAUUUUGUCCAAGUGCGUUCAUCAGUUCAUUUAGUUUCUCGUAUAUAUUAAUGAAGUAACUAAAUCAAUGCGUUUCGGACAAACUUAGUUAAAAUGUGUUCAUUUGUUUUGUAAACAAAUAACAAUUAAAAUGUAUUCUAGUGUAAGUAGAGACAGGAAUGAGGGACCACACGGAUUUCAGUGUUUCAGGGAUCAAUUAUAACAUGCAUGUGUUUUGCCAAUGUUGAACUGAUCAUAUAUGCCGUUUGGCAGAUAACUGGUAAAGUAUUGCUAAAGUACCAAAAUGAAAUAGAGUAUACAUUUGUGUAAAAUAUACUUUUGAUGGGUGUGUGGCCAGUAUUGAUGUAUGUUUUUGAAUCCGUUGUUUUCUUUUGUAUUCCAAAAUAACUGACAAACCCAGAAUUGACGCAUCUACACCAUUUUUACAACAAUUUAUCUCUGAUCUGCCAUUACGGUUGCAUUGACUUAAAGGGUCCCAUGUUUUUUUGUUGUUAGGUUUUUGUACAACACAUUGUUAAUUUCAGGUAAAGACUGAAACUGCUGCUGUAAAACACUGGGGAUUGAAGCCUCAUUACUGAAACAAUUUCAGAUUGUUUUUGUGGUUCCAAGGAAAAAAACUGUUCAUUUACUGAUCACAUGUUUAGAUUUUACCCAAAUAUGUAUCAUGUCUGUAGAAGACCAAGCUCAAGGUCAACUAGUAAUGUAAACAGUUUUAAACCUAAAAUGAAAUAUAAAUAUUUGUUUUGAAAUAUAUUUUAUUUUUUAUUAUAUGUUUGUAGUGGGCAAAUUGUGUACAAAGUGAACUGAUAAAUUUCAAAAUACAAUAGGAGCAGGAAUAUAUUUCAUUUGUCUACAGUGUGGGUAAAGACUUGGAUUUAAAUGCAUGAUUAUUUUCCUCUUACAGUUUAGAUAUGUAAGGAUAUAUGAUUGCCCCUUUUAUGACUGUUUACCUCUAUUUUUUUCAAUGAAUAAUUUUAAAUGAUUAUUUUAUGUAUUGUUACAAGGCUGUAUAAUUCAGAAAGAUAUAGAACUGAAAAAGAAAAAAAAUGCAUUUUAAAAAAAUCCAGUUUGUACGUAAGUUAAUUAGUCUACCCCUAUAGGAAGGGCUAGACAUUUCCACUAGUCUUGGCGAUUUGAAAGAAUAAAAAAGUAAACCUUUAUGUCUAUAAUGUCAGUUUAAGAAUGCAUGGUGUCUAUUUUAAAUCUAUACUGGAUUAUUUUUUGUUCCAUAUUUUUUCCACGAUUGUCACCUUGUACAUUUGCCAACCUGCUGUUCCAGUAAAAAAAUAAAAAAAAAAUGCAUUCAUGUAUUAAUACCAAUUAAACAAUAAUUCAAGAAAUAAA